AUGCCGUUGCAACUGGACAUUAUGCAAGGACUUCGCUUGAAGAUGAAGAAGUUUUCCAACAGAAGCACAUUAAAAAACCACAAGGGCUUUUCAGAAACCGAUUUGAAGUUAGAAAUGAUUUCACAAGAUGCUUUGAGGAGAACCAUUUUUCCUUUAGGAGGAUUGACAAAAGAUUUUGUAAAGAAGAUAGCAGCAGAACAUGGUUUUCAUCAUGUGCUGAAGAGAAAAGAGAGUAUGGGAAUCUGUUUCAUUGGGGAAAGAAAUUUUGAAAACUUCAUUCUUGAGUAUUUAGAACCUCGUCCAGGUAACUUUGUUUCCAUUGAAGAUAACAAAGUGAUAGGCACACACAAAGGUUGUUUCCUGUAUACAAUAGGCCAGAGGGCUAAGCUAAGUGGCCUCAGCGAAGCUUGGUUUGUUGUUGAGAAAGAUGUCACAUCGGGAAAUAUCUUUGUGGCACCAUCUACAAAUCACCCUGCACUAUACAGAGACCUAUUGCGAACAAACCGUGUGCACUGGAUUGCAGAAGAACCUCCUGCAGAGCUAAUUAGGGACAAAAUGAUGGAGUGUUCUUUCAGGUUUCAGCAUCAGAUGGCACUAGUGCCAUGCAUGUUAACUCUGAACCAAGAUGGGACAGUGUGGGUGACACUAGUCAAGCCAAUAAGAGCUCUUACACUAGGACAAUUUGCCGUGUUCUACAAGGGUGAUGAGUGCCUUGGCAGUGGAAAAAUCAUCAGACUGGGCCCAUCGUUGUACACUUUACAACAGGGCAAAAGCAGAGAGCAAGAUUCAGCGCAUGUGUUAGCAGAAGAGAUCAAGAAGUUGGAACCAGCAACGUAAUACGUGCAUUUUUCUUGACUGAAAGACUUUGGGGAUUCUGGAGCAUUAAAAUAAUGAGCCAUAAACCACAAAUGUAUUUUCUUUGACAGACUAUAUCUUUCAAAAGAUGAAUUAAGGCAAUUCUGCCAUAAUAUUUGACUGAUGGUACCUAAGAGGGUUUUUGAAUUAAAAUAGAUUUAAUACGGUUUAAUUAAAAUAGAUCAGUAAGAUACCUCAAGUAAGUAAUGGAAACAUAUUGUACAAAAAGGUAUGUAUACUGUAUAUGAGACAUCCUGGCAAUUUUAAGAUCAGCACUUUUGUAUUUUUAGAGUGGGGUUAACUGUAAACCAAGUUUUUAAUGUCAAAGUUUUUCUAAUAAAAAUGCACAGUUUAUGUACUAGUGUUCUAGAAAUACAUGAGAGUUUCUGCAGUUUGAAAUAGCUGCUUUUCCCUUUUGUGCCAUGAUAUCAGUCUUGUAAAAGAAAUAAGGUAGUGAAUUUUCAGUAUGUAAUAAAGUUUUAGUUUUAGUUUUCUAAAAUUGCUCUGUAACAGCAGCAGCAUAUAAAACCAUUUUUAUUUAAAAAAUGCCCUAAACCCUAAAUCUUUCUUUUAGGCACAACUGAAAGUAUUUUAAGAGCUAUGUCUGUAGGUAAAAUGGAUGCGUGACUUGUGUUAAAUUUGUGUUGGACUUUGGGAGAAGGCUGUGUUAUGUCUCUUACAUUCAAGUUCAUGAACUGUGACCAAUAGGUAUUUAUUUUUCACUUGCAAUACAUUUUAUAAUACUUAUUUUACACUUGUUUGCUGCUAGUAGUUAUGGUUUAAGAUUUUUACCAUAAUUCAGGUUUUGAAAUCUAGUGAUUUGAAAAUAAAUGCAUUGAUACAUCUAACAUUCUUUUAUAAAACUGUGUAAUGGUGUGCCAUUUUACUGCAGUUUGAUUAAUACUGUAAACUAAUCUGGGCAGGGACUUUGACAUCUGCGUCCUUGGCGCACUGAGAAUGCAUUGUCAGUAUGUAAAUAAACCCAAAGUUAUAUGUA